AUGUGCAACUAUACACAACGAGAGUACUCUUGCGGCCACUUCCGGUGGAUUGCCUCCGAGUGGUGUCGUGACUACACCAUCACCCACAAGAGAUGUCAACCGAACGUGACGCAUUUUAAGUACAGGGCAGAGGAGCGCUGCGGCGACUGCAAGCCGAAGGAAUACCCUCCGUGGGAGAACUUGAUCAAGCGCCCCAAUCAACCAGUCUCUUAA